AUGGAAGUCCUCUCGGAACUUGUAGGUCUUGACCAGUCCAUCUACAAGACCGUAGAUGAACAAGUUGAUGAGAGUGUGAUCAUCAACAGGGUAUUCCGUGGCGCUACCCACAAGGUAGCGCAGGUGCUGUUCGUAAGCGUGCACGUCACGCUUACCUUGUUUGAGCCUCAGGAGUGCAAGCGUGCUCUGGACUCGGCUCGUGGCGGAUCAAACGUCUCUUUAUUCCGAGACUUCAAGGUCUCCAACGACUAA